CUGCACACUCUUCGUCAGUCGCGCCGUGCUUGUCGACUCUCAUCUGUUCAUUGUCAGCUCCCGCCUCGACAAUUACACUCGAACGCAAUGGCACCAAGCAGGAAAUUCUUCGUCGGUGGCAACUGGAAGCUGAAUGGCGACAAGGCGAGCCUGGGCGCGUUGGCCGAGUCCAUGAACAAGGCUUCCCUCGACCCCAACACUGAGAUCGUUUGCGGUGCCCCUGCCAUCUAUAUCGACUUUGCACGCCAAAAGCUGGACCCCAAGAUCGGCGUGGCUGCACAGAACUGCUACAAGUUGGCCAAGGGGGCCUUCACUGGCGAGAUUAGCCCGGCUAUGAUCAAGGACUGUGGUGCUCACUGGGUCAUCCUGGGCCACUCGGAGCGCCGCCACGUGUUCGGGGAGACCGAUGAGCUCAUCGGCCAGAAGGUGGCGCACGCCCUGAGCGAGGGCCUGGGCGUCAUCGCCUGCAUCGGAGAGAAGCUCGACGAGAGGGAGGCUGGCGUCACCGAGAAGGUCGUCUUCGAUCAGACCAAGCACAUCGCAGACAACGUGAAGGACUGGAGCAAGGUGGUGUUGGCAUACGAGCCGGUGUGGGCCAUCGGCACGGGCAAGACCGCUUCGCCCCAGCAGGCCCAGGAAGUUCACGAGAAGCUGCGCCAUUGGCUCAAGAAGCACGUGUCCGAGGCUGUUGCCAACUCAACCCGCAUCAUCUAUGGAGGCUCCGUGACGGCAUCGAAUUGCAAGGAACUGGCGGGCAUGGCUGACCUGGAUGGGUUCCUGGUGGGCGGUGCUUCCCUCAAGCCCGAGUUCAUCGACAUCAUCAACGCCAAGAAGUGAAGCAGGCCUGGAAAGAGGCUCGCAUGCCCAAAAUGUACACAGCCCAGACGAGGAACUAAAUCUAUCUGUACCCUGUACUAAACCAUGCUGACAACGAUGAUUUGAAUGUUUUCCUUCAUCUGCGGCUGUGCCGUGCGGGCCUCCUGGGACUAUAGUCGAGUGGGGCCUGUGUUCCGGGUCCUCGUAGCUUUUGUGUGCGUUUGCAUUUGUGCGUACGUGUGUGUGUGUGUGUGUGCGUACGUGUGUGUGUGCGUGCACAGUGCCGGCUUCACUCCCGUUUGAACCAUCGCCACCGUGUUCUCACUCCGGGUUUUAAAAUUAUGCUCCUCGGACUCCCAAGUGCAGUAAAUUGUGCCGUAAACAUAAUUGAACAAGAGGGCCUAUGCACACAACAUUGAGUGUGGUUCUGCAUAUUAGGAUUGAUUUAGACAACAGAGUGCUCAAUUUAGCCACAGGUCCUGAAAAACCUCCUGUGUGACUAAAUUUUAUCCUUUUGUCAGCUUGAUUACGCCUUCCACAUCUUGGCGGCCGCACACUUCCCAACAACCUUUAAAAGGUCGGUGUCUGCUCAAACGACAUCUCUGUUGGCAAGUCUGAGCGAGCGGUGGAAAUUCCAUAUUCCCAUGGGAUUAGCCACUUUAAUUUGAUUUAUUUAGCAAAUCGCGUUGUGAAACACUGCGAUUUAAAUAAUGUAGGAGGGAUGGCGACUGGCGUGAACAUACUUGGACCAACGGACCGCCACCUGUUAUCCACCCACACCCAAGCGCACACUUUACCCACGAGCAAAACCCGGAGUAGAGCGCGUGGCACAUGGCUCUACGGCGCUCGCUCAACCGGAGCAGAAACGCACUCCCCGUGUGCACCAUCUCAAAAUCUGCACGCUUCCAUCCACUGUAAAAAUAACUAUAUCCUGCAGACGUUAAUAUAUAUGACUGUUGUGUAUCGGUGGUGAGCUUGCACGUGAGGUGUGGCUCAGGCUGGAGUCGCUGGCUAGCACUGUGUGCCUGUAUUGUGUAGUAACGUGUGCGCGAGUGCCUGUUCCCUCCAAAACAAACCCCAUGCUCUUAACAGGUGACUCGCGCGUGUGUUCCAUGCCCUGUGGUGCCCCUGUAGAACAUUUCACGCACUGUGCUAGUUUCAAUAAAGUGCCACUAUGAUAUGAAACGCCUUUAGGCCACAAGGUAUCAUGGAAAUUGACCUACAUUUUUUGGGACGCCAAGAAGAGGAAGCGUGUGUUCGUGUCAACCAUUCUGUCUGCCCUUUUAUUGCAGCGAGUGGUUGUAAAGAAACCUUGCAACUAAGGGAGCGUCAAUAUCAUGAGCUCUUGCUAUACAGUACCCCACUGUUUGAAAGAGUAUUGGUUGCGAAACGGUUUUUGGAACAUCACGGUUGGUUGGGCACUGGAUCGUAGUUGAAAGUGAUUGUUUUGCAGUCUGGUUCCUCGUUUCAGGUUCCCAACGUCGAUUUCCGUGCUGCCCAGGGCGUCUGCACGUGAUGUGUACACGGCCCAUUAAUUUAAUGGGCCCUGAGAGCUUCCCGUUUAUUGGGGCUCACGGUGUGGUCACCUUUGGGAAUCGCAUUGUUGUCAAGUAUGUGUGUGUGUGUUACAAUGUAAGUUCAUAAACUGAUUUUCAGUGGCUUGUCUGUACGUCUAAAUGGUAAAAUUGGGCUGCACGGAGUCGGGAAGAACUUGAAAGCAAAAUCGUGUGGCGUCUGGAACCUAUUUAAAAAUUAUCUGCCUUUUGACCUGUCCGAUUUUUCAAGAAGGGAAAUCUGUUUACAAAACACGAUAGUUAAAAAAAAAUUAACAGAUUUUAUCAUUCAGAUGGCCUGCUUGUGAUUCUUAUUUUUUUCUCAAAGCCAAACAAACUUUGAAAAUGCGUGGACACUCAGAUGUUUCGUUUACCAGUGUGCUUGUUCACUGCUAUUGAUGUCAGUCUGUGUAAGUCCUGUAGACUGUUCCGAUCACUCUAGAAACCGUAAGCUUAAAGGAAAUUAAAGUCUCGCACUGCAGCUA